AAAGGUCCAGGAGGAUCUUUAAUGUAGACUGUCCCCAUCACCAGCGGGAGGCAGCAGUGCAGUAACACUGUCUAGUCUGCCGGUAAUGGACAGAAGAAGAAGAACACUGCCGGAAUACUACAAUGAGAAGAAGACAACUACGGUUUAUACGUUACCGACCUAAAGACCGGGCGUUCAACGGAGUGAAGCCGUUAGCUGGAUCCAAAUAACGGCAGAAACCCCGAGGAGUUAGCUAGUUUGUUACUUAGACAUGGACCGACACCGGAAACAGCAGGAGGUGGUUUUAAAACCGGAAACGAAACUGCGAGGAGAAGCUUUACCUUUGGAUGUCCAGAAAGUGAUUGUUGGUGAAGAACAUCAGCAUGAGUGGAGCUCUAACCGGGACCAGGAGGAGCCAGAGCCCCCACACAUCAAAGAGGAGCAGGAGGAACUCUGGAUCAGUCAGGACCGAGAGCAGCUUCAAGGGCUGGAGGAGACUGAUACCAAGUUCCCAUUCACUGCUGUCCCUGUGAAGAGUGAAGAAGAUGAAGAGAAACCUGAGUUCUCACAGCGUAAUCACAGACUAACUGUAGAGAUGGACACAGUACCUGAUGAAGAGGAUUGUGGAGGACCAGAACCAGCCAUUGACGGUUUGCAUUCACAGCCCGAUAAUGACGACAAGAAUGGAGACUCUUCUGAAGCUGAGACUGAUGACAGUGCUGAUUGGAAAGAGCCCAGAGAACCUCAGUCAGGUUUAAACUCUCUGAAUAAUGAUGUCCCAGUCUGUGAUUCAAGAUGCAGUACUGGUGAAAAAUCAUUUAGCUGCUUCAAGUGUGGGAAAGGUUUUGGCACCAGUGUAUAUCUGAAGAGAGAUACAGGAUCCCAUAAAGAAGAGGAACCAUUUAGCUGCACAAUUUGUAGGACGUCUUUUGCAUGGAGACAAGAUUUAAAGACACACAUGACAAUCCACACAGGAGAGAAAUCCUUAAGCUGCUUGGUCUGUAAGAAAGUUUUUAUAGAGAGUGGAAAUUUAAAGACACACAUGAGAAUUCACACUAGAGAGAAACCAUUUAGCUGCUCAGUCUGUAAGAAAGCUUUUACAGACCGGGCACAUUUACAAAGACACAUGAGAAUCCACACAGGAAAGAGACCAUUUAGUUGCUCUGAAAUGAAAGAGCCAAUCCAUGCUGCUUUACUCCAGAAGGAGCACCCAAUCUACUGCAUCUCUGAGCAGGGGUCCAGCUCUCAGCUAAAGCACAGAAACCCUUCUCUAGGAGUUGUGAGUGCCUGCUUGGAGUUAACCAAUUCACAUCUACCCGCCAACCUGAGACAAAAGAACAAAAGACGUUAUCACCAAGCUAUUCGUAACUAUAAAAGCAACAAUAACUGA